CGCCCCGGACCGUACCAUCUUUACAAAUUCAGUCAACGGUGGGGACGUGGUGGUAAGCAUAGGGGGGGAAAUCUACAAAUUUAAUGGUUUCGUCCUAAUUACUAAUAGGAUAAUGACCCAACUCCCCCCCACUACGCCUCACGCACUCCCCUACACACAAAUGGUUUGGCCUCCCCAACCAACGUGGCGUGUUUACCAAAAAAAAAUGCCCUAAAAUGCGAGUGAAGCGAAGACGUUGAUAAUUAAAUAACUCUCGAGGCGUGGUUGGCGAUAAACCCAAACUUUAGCCAUCGUCUCGCUACGAAUUUAACAAAAGAAUUAAACUAAAUUUACAAACGAGGCCUGGUCGGCGUUGCUCGAUCCACUGCUGGAUUGAGGCAUCGCCUCCUCUCCACACGCGCCUGACGCACAACUGACGGAAGACGACAAACAAAAAUUUAAAUCCUUAAAAUAAAAAAAAUCCCCUCAGAAAAAUUAUUUUAAAAAAAGUCUCCGCCCACUUGAACCCAAAUGUGGGGCCCUGGCGGGGCCGGGCCCCCCUCCCUCGCCUGCUCGACCCCGCCGCCGCGGGGCCGCCCUCCCGGGCAUGACUCCUAUCCCGGCUGGGUCCAGCGAGGCUACGUCCACCUGAUGACUGCGAACGAACACUCCAUCCAGGCGCUGUCCUGGCGCAAACUCUACCUCAGCCGCGCCAAACUCAAGGCGUCUUCCCGCACGUCGGCGCUGCUCUCCGGCUUCGCCAUGGUGGCGAUGGUGGAGGUGCAGCUGGACGUAGGCCACGUGUACCCGCGUGGGCUGCUGGUGGCCUUCUCCGUGUGCACCACGGUGCUGGUGGCCGUGCACCUCUUUGCGCUGCUCAUCAGCACGUGCAUCCUGCCCAACCUGGAGGCGGUGAGCAACGUCCACAACCUGCACGCGGUAGACGAGAGCCCGCACGAGCGCAUGCACGGCUACAUCGAGCUCGCCUGGGCCUUCAGCACCGUCAUCGGCACGCUGCUCUUCCUCGCCGAGGUCGUCCUCCUCUGCUGGGUAAAGUUCCUCCCCCUGGGCGCCGCUCAACGACCGCAGCAGCAGCUGCCGCCGCCGCCGCCGCAUCCACCGCCGCCGCAUCCACCGCCACCACCGCCACCGCCAGCGCUGUCCCCCGUGCCGGACGACGGCCGCCACCACGUCGCCAUCGCCCCCACGCCUCCCCUCAUCAUCUCGCCGCCGCUCUACCCCGCCGGCGCCGGAGGAGGAGGAGGAGGAGGCAGCGACGAGGGGAGGGACGCGGCCCUCGCCGCCACGGCCGUGAUGGCUCCCGUGGGGCUCCUCUUCGUGCUCUUUGCGGCUCACUUUUACCGCUCGCUCGUUGGGCACAAGACGGAGCGCCACCGGCAGGAGAUCGAGGAGCUGAGCCGGCUACGGAAUGAGCUCGACGGAGGAGGGGGAGGCGGCGGAGUUGAUGGAGGAGGAGGUGGAGGAGGAGGAGGAGGUGGAGAGACCGGGGUGACCGCUGGCAGUCACCGGAUACGCGACGACGAUUACGACGACGAUGACGAUGACGGUGGUGGUGGUGGUGGUGGGGGUGGUGGUGGGGGUGGUGGUGGUGGUGGUGGGGGUAAUGGCUACUGUGACGGGGUGCAGGGGGGUCGAAUUGGAGGCAAGGGUGGUGGCUAUGGGGGAGUCGUCUGAGGUGGAGCUGACGGCGGUGGUGGAGGAGGUGGUGCAGGAGGUGGUGCAGGAGGUGGUGGAGGAGGUGGUGGAGG